AUGCCGGCACUCAAGCCAAUCUUCGUCAAGGCCUAUUGGACGCUAGCUGGCCUGGGUAUCAUCUGGGCAACCUUCUUGAUAUUGUUGAUCAACCCCACAGUACAACGGCACGCUCUGUACGCCCACAAGCUUAACACAAAUCUUUGGCACAACGUCUCGAAUCCCGAGGAAUUUGGCUUUGCUAAGGGACAAGUCCAGCCGUUUUGGCUCGAUACCACAGAUGGCGAGAAGCUGUUCUGCUGGCACGUGCUGCCCCUGGACGUGUAUCUGCAGAACGAGGAUCAGUUGGUUGUGGGUACGACGACGGGAGAGGUCGUCGACGAGCUCAAGGGAACGGCUGGGGAGAAGCUCUUGAGAAAUGAUGCCGAGGCGAGGGUCGUCGUCAAUUUCCACGGGAAUGCAGGCCAUCUGGCACAGGGCUGGCGUCCAUCCACCUACCGCUCCAUCUCCGGAAUCCCCCACACUCAUCUCCUGACCUGCGAUUACCGGGGCUUCGGACUCUCGACGCUCAACAACCCUCCUCACCUUCCUACGGAGACUGGUCUCAUCACAGAUGCAGUAUCUCUACUCUCCUACGUUGAAACGGAUCUCAAGCACCCAUCGACUCGCACAGUCCUGCUCGGCCAAAGCCUAGGCACAGCCGUAACCGCUGCCUCUGCACUCUACUUCACCGACCCUUCCUCGUCCCAUCUUCCCUCGGAUCUAACCCACGUAUCCCCCCUCCCCAAAUCACACACCGGCUUCGCAGGCAUCGUCCUCGUAGCCCCCUUCCAGGACCUCGCCACGCUCCUCGAGACGUACAAGAUCGGCGGCUUCAUCCCCGUGCUGCGCCCGCUGCGGGGGUACCGGCGCAUCGCAAACUUCCUGCUGGGCCGCAUCGUCGACCACUGGCGCACGCUACCACGUCUGCGCGCCCUCCUCAGCCUCACCGCCGCGGCCAAGACCCCGCUCAGACUGACGCUGCUCCACGCCCGCAACGAUCAGGAUAUCGACUUCCGCCAGUCCGAGGCCCUGUUUCAGCCACUCCAGUCCACCAUGCUGGCCGAGGAGGGCGUCAGCGCUAGGGAGGAGCGGAGGAGCAUCCAUGGCUCUGCGCGCGUCAAGCGCGGCGCGUUUGCGUACAAGAAGGUCGAGGACGCGAGGGGGGAGAGGCUGCUCGAGCUGGAGGUGGUGCGCUUCGGGGGACACAACGAAGUCCUGGGCUGGACGCAGGUCAGCCUUGCCGUCAGGAGGGCGUGGGAGGCCGUGGAGAGGAGGGCAGAGAGAGUCGUGGGACUAGACGUCGAGUAG